UCAAGGUCAACAGGCUCGAUUGUUGGCGACUCUUGCUCUUGGGGAUUUGUUCCAGAAUGAGACUUUGGCGCGAUCUACUGAUGCGGUUCUUGCGUGUCGGGCUUUGGUGAAUUUGCUUGAAGACCAACCAUUUGAAGAGAGAAAGUUGUGGCGAUUUGUGCUUUGCAGAAUCUUGUGAUGUAUAGUCGAUCGAAUAAAAGAGCGGUUGCGGAAGCUGGAGGGGUUCAGGUUGUGCUUGAUUUGAUUGGUUCGGGUGAUACAGAUACAUUGAUUCAGGCUACAAUGUUUAUUAAUCUUCUUUUUUCCAACAAAACCAUCCAAGAAUAUGCAUCUAGUGAGACUGUUAGAGCUAUAACCGCUGCUAUCGAAAAAGAUUUAUGGGCAACAGGAACAGUCCAUGAGGAAUAUUUAAAAGCCCUAAACGAACUUUUCGGAAACUUCCCACGUUUAAGAGCCUCUGAACCCGCAACAUUAAGCAUCCCACAUUUGGUGACAUCACUCAAAACCGGCUCAGAAGCAACACAAGAAGCUGCAUUGGACGCGCUAUUUAUUAUGAGGCUAGCGUGGUCUGCAUGCCCUGCUGAUGUCUCCAGAUCCCAAUCAAACUUAAGGAUCAUUUUUACACCCUAUGAAACAACUGAAGUAACGCUUCCUUCUUUCCUACUUGCAACUAGUCUUCCAAAAAAAUCUAUAAAAGUAUAUUCAGAUAGAUGCUCCUUUUACAUUAGACCUCUCACCAUGCUUCCUGAUGCUUCAUUUACUAUAUUCUGUACACACCCUUUAGCCAAGAUUCUGAAUUGUAUCAUGAAUUAG